AAGAUGGCGGCGCUCAUGUCCUUGCUGUUGAGAUCCAAAUCAUGUAUUCUGUUCAGUGAAACGCCCACUGUUGUACUGGCAAGGUUUGCUUCAAAAAAGUCAGGAGGGAGCAGCAAAAACCUUGGAGGAAAAAGUUCUGGUCGCAGAUACGGCUACAAAAAACAAGAUGGGAACUUUGUACAUGCAGGCAACAUCCUCGCAACACAACGCAAGGGUUUAAUGCGCUGGCAUCCCGGAGCUCAUGUCGGUAUCGGAACCAAUAAAACGCUGUAUGCCCUUGAGGAUGGUAUCGUCAGAUAUACUAAGGAGGUUUAUGUUCCUCUACCACGAAGUGCUGAAGCCAGAGAAAACAUCCCACAACUUCCUAAGGGAGCUGUUCUGUACAAGACCUUCAUCAACGUCGUUCCUACAAAACAGGAAAAUAAAUUUACAUUAGUGGACAUGGUGUGAAAAAGACUUCUCUCAACCUCCCCUUGGUCUACUGGCAACCCACCAGGAACAUUUUGAUGGUCUCCUUUCAAAUGUGUUCAGAAAUUGAUCUGGAAUAUAUACAUAAUGAUUUAUUUGUACAGCUACUGUAGUAUUCUAAUAAACAUGUUUACUCAGUAA